GACUGUAUUGAUUGACUUAUUUUCUUCUUUUUGACACUUCUUUUAUCUUUAUGAGAACGUAGAAAUCGAUAAAACUUGCUCUAAAAUGGGCACUGUCCGGAAUAUUGCAAUAGUUGUUCUAGUUAUCUCUUUUUUCACAUUCGUUGCUUUCUUUGGCAGGCUUCCAGCAUUAAGAGGUACACCAAUAGGUAGUUUAUAUCGAGUACUAUGUGUACACAUUCCUCGUGGCUUUAGAGCAGCAGAUGAGAGAUUGACCAAUGGUCGUCUCAGUACUUCGGUGGGAAGACUGGCGCAUACAUUAUGGAAUGAUCGACAUCCUGUUGUUAUGAUCUUUUUCAUUCUUCUACUCUCCGUAGCCGAGAUUAUGUUCCUGCCGGUAGCAUGGUCAUUUAUGAGCACAUCUCGCGAAAUAAAGGCAAUUGUUGCUGUGAUAUUACCAUAUGUCUUCCUCUAUCUAGCUGCUUCGCGUGAUCCAGGCUAUAUCACGCCAUCAAAUCACGUUCAUCAAAUGAGUAUUUAUCCUUAUGACUAUACAAUUUUCCAUCCUGGAAACCCUUGUCGAUCAUGUCAUCUACUCAAACCUGCCAGAUCCAAGCAUUGCAGCGUUUGUAAGCAUUGCAUCGCAAAAUUCGAUCAUCAUUGUAUCUUCAUCAACAAUUGUGUGGGUUACAACAACCACCAUUGGUUUCUCCUCCUUCUUUUCACGACUGGGAAUCUCACCACGUAUGCUGUUUACAUUGGAAACUCUAUUCUUUCCACUUUCAUUGCCGCCGUGUAUCCAGACUGGUCUUUUCUAGGAUUCGGUUUUACCUGGUCUCGUUACUUCUCAAUCUGGGGACUGGCACUACAAGAACACACCCGAAUUGGUUCCAUAACUCUCUUAUGUUUCCUCACCACCCCCUUGGUAUAUGGCCUUUUUUUCUUUCACAUAUAUCUCAUUUGGUGCGGCACCACCACCAAUGAGAGUAUGAAAUGGUCCGACUGGAAUAUCGAGAUGGCCGAGGGAUAUGUUUUCAAGCGCACGCUCUCCGAAAACCGAGAGAAAAAUUUACGAAUAGAGCCAGCAUGGACACAUUGGCCAGCAGAGAGUCAACAGAUCGUUUUGCGUACAGCCGAUGGACAAGAUCCUGUUGGAGGAAUUGGAGAAGGAGAAUGGAAACGCGUCUGGGGUUUGGGGGAUGUUGAGAAUUUAUACGAUAUUGGGUUUUUAGACAAUCUAAAAGAUGUGUUUGUUGGGCGGCAGGGUGUGUAUGAUAUACCAGAUAGAGAGGCCGGUGUGCCGUUAGAGACACCGAGAGGUAGAAGUUCCGAGCAGACGAGUGCAUAGUAUUUAUGUAGAUUGAGAUGUACAAUCAUGAAUUCCAAUAAUUCGUAAUGCAUAGUCA